ACUCCAAUACUACACAUCGAUAUCGCUAUCGAUUACUAUUCGGGAACAGUUUGGUCAGCUGUCAACUCGGGUAUUGUUUAUGUUUAGUUUGCAGGACACAACAAAACGACGGUUUGUUCUAGUAUUAAUCUAUUUAAAAUGAGCCGAACAGAUGUUUCCUGUGUAAAAUGGGUGGACUUUAGUGAUCACAUGUUUUCCACCUUUUUGGAUGUCUAUUUGAAUGCCCUAUAUACGGAUGUGACCCUAGUGUUGGCAGAUGGAGGUCAUCUAACGGCCAGUAGAAUGGUACUAUCGAUGGCUUCUAGAUUUUUCGAGGACAUAUUCUGUACUACUUUCACUGCGAUGCCGUUCGGUGGAAGUGGUGGGCUGCAAGAAAUAAAGGUCAUGAUUCCGGAUGUUAGUUGUGGAAUCAUGAAAAAUGUGCUUCAAUUCAUUUACACCGGAGAAGUGCACAUGAACGCGAGGGACAUGGCGGAUUUCUUAGAGGCUUGCAAGUUGUUCCACUUAAAGGGACUGGACUAUCAGAAUGGCAAUAUUACUGGAAUUAAAAUAAGUGGAUCUAACAUUAUCACUCCGGUACAGUUCGAUUUUGAUGAACUGCAGGAAUCGUACGUGGAAGCAUCGUCGGAUGGAGCGGGCGAGUCUGAAGUGAGUGUCAUCGAGGCAGGAACAAGUUUGGACAUAGUUGAAGAAACCAGCUUCACUCAAAUGGAGGUAGAGAAAAAUGUUUUGGAAAAUGAACAAUCAAUUAAUCAGUACUACGAGAUUGAAAUGGAUAUGUCUGGAUUGGACUCGAAACCCGUACAUGAAACAGUGUCAAUAAAAGGCGAUGAUUUGGAAGCAAUUCCCAAUUUGGAAACUCCCUCUGAUAUCAAAGUAAAAAUGAACGAAAGCGGAGAGUCUUCCGUUCAAUCAAAAAAGCGCGCCAAAAACAUUGAAUACGGAACUCGUUUGGACGAAGCAAUACAUACUAUCAUUCAGGAAGGUACCAGCUUUCGAACGGCUUCUAUUCAAUACGGCAUUCCAAAAACCGUCCUCUGGCGAAAGGCAGUAAAAGCACCCAACUAUAAAACCGAACGUCUUGAACUGCCUUCCCCGCGAAAGGAAGCCAUUGAAGCAUUGAAAUCAGGCGAAAAACUCCUGAACAUCAGCAAACGGUUUGAUAUUCCGUUGUCUACGUUGCAUCGAGACAAACUGAAACUUUACAGCGAAGGAACUCUACCUGAUAACGUUUCGUUGAAACAGCGGGACAAAGGUUCAGACUUUAAGCAACGCGUUCUAGAAGCGGCCCAGCAAUGCUUGUUGGGAUUCAUGUCCCAAUCGGAAGCAUCCAAAUUCUACAAACUGCCGAAGACUACCAUCUGGAGGCGGAUCAAGGCAUUACGAAGAGAAAGUGACGCAAAAGGCGAUUUCAAGAGGGAAAUCGGUUCCACCGAAAAUGAUCUGAAGGUCGAAUUAGAACAGGCAUUAGAAGACCAUGAGGAAGAACAUCUCGAUCCAGAAUUCGUUGUGAUGGUUUGAUGCUAAAUGAUGCAUGUUAACUUAUCCAAACUGAUCAGAUAUAUCAGCGAUAGAAUAAAAGAAGGCCUAUUAAAUUCUCAUUGUUACCA